AGACAGGAAACUGUCAUGUGGACGUGGAAACUGGUGGCGGCCAUAGCCCUGUGUCGUGGGUUCAAGAAUUAGCUACAAAACACAGACGCUAGAGGUGGCAUACGGCGGGAAAGGAAAUUGCUUGGCGCUGUGUGAGGAUUAAACAUCACUUUAUUUAGUAUCUAGCACAACAUUACAGGUUUGCCAAUAUCCGGAUAUGUCCUUCAUAUUUGACUUUAUUUACAGCGGUUUCAGUAGCGUAUUACAGUUUUUAGGACUGUACAAGAAAUCCGGCAAGUUAGUGUUCCUUGGGUUGGACAAUGCUGGCAAGACUACCCUUCUGCACAUGCUCAAAGAUGAUCGACUGGGACAGCAUGUGCCUACUUUACACCCAACCUCUGAGGAGUUGACCAUUGCUGGAAUGACCUUCACAACCUUUGACCUGGGGGGUCAUGCACAAGCUCGUCGAGUCUGGAAAAGCUACCUCCCUGCUAUUAAUGCAAUUGUGUUCCUGGUGGACUGCGCAGACCCAACCAGACUGCUCGAGUCCAAGGCGGAGCUGGACGCACUCAUGACAGACGACACCAUUGGAAACGUGCCUAUCCUCAUCCUCGGUAACAAGAUUGACAGACAGGAAGCCGUCAGUGAAGAGCGACUGAGGGAGAUAUUUGGACUGUAUGGUCAGACCACAGGAAAGGGUAACGUGCCCCUGAAGGAGCUGAACUCGAGGCCGCUGGAGGUGUUCAUGUGCAGCGUGCUGAAGAAGCAGGGCUAUGGAGAGGGUUUCCGCUGGCUGUCACAGUACAUCGAGUAGUCUUGAGUCUCACGUCUCUCAAAAACAUCCACAGCCUCGACCUCUCACCCCAAGACUCCAUCGGCUAAACAUCUGGACAUAAUCUUCACAUUCCGUUUCCUAGAAAAAUGCAUCUACUCUUGAUGAGAAAAAAAUCAACAACUUCUGAAAUUUUGUUCUUUUCCCCUCCCACCAAAAAAUUUGUAAGCGUGAGAAUCUGUACAUAACUGGAGGACUCUCGGCACUAGCUUCCUAGCGCCUCUUUGAGCAGCGUUAAAGACCAUCCAAAUGCACUUUUUUAAACCAGAGACUACAUGCACACAUGCAAAUAGUAUUUAAAAUCACCUACUUGGAUUUUCUUUUUUUCCUUUUUUAAUAACUUGGUUUCAAUAAAACUUGAACAUGUGACCACACCUUUGGUAACUGUGAAAGAUGCCUUAAUCCCUCCACCAUAUCUGCACUCUUAUUAAUUGUUCCGCAUUUGAUGCCAUUAAAACGGUGGGUCACAGUUUAUUGUUCUGUAUGUUCAAACGGAGCGUGAAGCUUUUUAAAUACAGACUGCUUUCCAUGCUAA